GGCUUCUUCGAUCGGCCAAAUUUCGCUGCAGUAAACUUGGUGGCCCGAGAUAUAUACGGGUGACGAUCAUAGCGCUCCGUGAGCAUGCCUGAAACGUUCGGUGCUGUUGAGUCUCAGUGAAACACAGUACCUCGGUGGUCUCUCAUCCAACAGGACCCUCUACAUUUUUUUGUAAAAGACAUGUUUUCCGGACUUACGAAUCAAGUGAGUAGCUGGAUGGGGGGAACGGCAAAGAAAGAUGGUGAUCCCCAGAAGAGCGAAGAAGAGAAUUUGUCGCCUCAUGCUGUGGAGAAUGACGUGAUAAGCAACACUGAAGCUGAAAAUAAAAAAGACAGUCCGACUAAAGGAAGCAAACUGGAGAUGUUGGGGAAUGUAAAGAGCCAGAUGACAAGCUGGCUAGGGUCUGGUGUUCUGGGAGGCCUAAGGAAGGGGGACCCAGCAGACCCAAAUGCAACUACAGGCCAGCAACCAACAGAUCAGUCAAGUGAUCCUGCUCAGCAGACUUCUACUUCCGAGAAACCAGCACAGGACACAACUCAAGAAACCAAAGAAGAUGAUGACUCCAGUGCUACAGGAGGAGCAGACAGUGAUGUGGCUGCCUCUGAACCAGGAACACCUGUGGAGGACAAGGAAGGGGGCCAACCAUUUGGUGCUGUCUCAACUAAAGCUUUGCAAGGCGCCAAAUCCAUAGGAAGCUUCCUUUUCUCUGCUGUGAAUAAGGCUGGAAAAACAGUGAGCGAAGCAAGUGCAAAAAUCAAGAAGACAGUGGAAGAAAAUAGCCUUCUUGGAGACUUCAACAAAGAACAGGAAUCAUUCAUCAAGGAAAAACAAUCAAAAGGUGCGGAACCUGCCUUUCCUCCAUGGGUUGGCUGUGCUAAUGAAGAAUCUCUCAAAGAAGAAUGCCUCACACUUUCUACGGACAGGCGAACCUUUGUCCGUAGCCCACCAGCUGGCGUAGACUUUCAUUUUGACUAUGAAGUGUCAUAUCCCGUAGCCAUGGCAACGCUGGCAGAGGACCCAAAUCUUGAGAAGAUGAGAUUUGAACUGGUUCCUAAAGUGAUAAGUGAAGAAAACUUCUGGCGGAACUACUUCUAUCGUGUGAGCCUUAUCCGUCAGGCUAAUGAGUUGUCAUCAAUGGUCCAGGAACAGGGUGAGAAUGCUUCAAAGCCUGGCAGUGUUGACGUUGCUGAACCAACUGCAAAACCCCAACCCCAUGAAGUACCUGUUGCGGAACAAGCACCUGCAGACAGCCCCUCUCACGAGUUUGUGUCAGACACAUUCCAGGCAAGUUCCAGGGACUUAGAGGAGGUUCGAGAGGGUAUGAAAAAACUCGGUAUGGAUCCUGACAAAAGGAAUGCCUAAGAAGAAGGAGAAAAGCAUGGAACACACGGCCUUCCCCAUUUCCUGUAAAGUCUCCUGCCACUUUGAUGCCACUUGAGUCUAAUUUUCAUACAUUAGUUAAUGUAAUAGUUUACCUCAAUGAGCAUGGCUGUGUCACAAUAUUAACAAUUAUUUAAAUGCAUGCUCGCAUUUGCACUGUGGAAAUAAUUUUCUAGACGCACCUUUUUGAUUCUCUAAUGCUCAAAGCCAGACUUACAUUGGAUUUUGGUUGCAUUUUCUUAUUAUGUGUGAAAUGGAGACAGAACUGAUUAAUGAGAGAUUAAACAAAUAGCUAUUCCGUGAAACUAACAGAAGUAAAAUGUGUUAUGCUGACUGCUGGGUCUCUGCAAAAUUCUGUAAUGUAAAUGGCUGUGGCUCUUACUGUUGGCUUGAAGGAAAAAAAUAAAGGUUUAUAGGUCUGAAUUGAGGAUAACCUAUGACAUAAUAAUAUAUAUCUUUAACCCUGAAAUGACUGAUCAAAUAGAUUUCAUGUAUUCAAAUAAGACUGUGAAGUUGAUUAAUAUAACUGAAUACGCCAUUAUUUUUUGACAUGAUGUUUCAUGUGUUGGAAUUAUGUGUUUAUUUUUAUUCUAUUGUUUUGUGACCUUUUGAUGAAUUACAGUUCUAGAGAAGAUGGAACACCACUCAAUUUCAAAGUGAAGUUGCAAGCAGGGAACAGAACACACUAAAUACUAUAAUGAACUGUCAAAGAUUAUAUUUUAGGAAACAUAAUGCCUAUUUAACAAUCAUUGUUAUGUUUAGUUUAUGGCAUGGAGCCAUUGAGCGGUGACAAGUAAAAGGGAAGUGCAUUGCUUUAUGAAUAGGGCGGAAGAUCAAAAGAGGCGGAGUUUGGAGGAUUAUGGGGCAAGGACGGUGCAGUGUAAAUGUGGAGGAGGCUUUAAUAAGAACUUCAUAUAUUUACGAAAAUGUCAUUGACAGACUCUAUGAUUGGCUGAUAAUGUUUCAUGAAGAUAAAGUGUAAAAACCACUUAGGUAUCCUAUGUGCACUGCUGAUGAAGUUUCUGCUCAAGUCAUUGGGAUAAUGGACUGGGUUACUGUAAACUGAGAUUACUGUGUCCUUUAACUGUGGCAAGAAAACAAAGGGUAACAACAGUGAGAAAAUUUAAAUAUUUUUUGCCAGUAUUGUCAGAGGCUUGUACCAUCAAUUAAGUAGGUUAAUAACAAAAAACAUCACUUUUGUUGCUGUGGUUCCAUAAACGUAAGUGGGCCAAUGUUACCUGCAGUUGGGGCUACUUCAACCCACUUACUCAUUUCUUUGUGGAAGAGUAGUACUAUGAUGUUGGGACAAAGUAAAUUCAAUGAAUAUCACUAGAAUAGAAUUUGGGAGCGUGAGGGGAAAAAUAAAUUGCCAAAUUUUGAAGGUAAGCACAUGGGAAUUGAACUUACUGAGAGAGUGAUACAGUAAAUAUAAAAGUGUAGUAUAUUUCAUUAGGUGACUAAUUCAUUUUUAACUUAUUUGUUACACUGUGGUAAGUAUUUGCAAAGAGAUUAUAUCAUAUAGCCAAAUUGUGUUAUUUGUGUGGGACUGAUAAUUCGUAUCAAAUUCUCCCAAGGAUAAAAUGGUUUCCCUUUUUCUUCUGGCAAUUUGCAGUAGGACUUCAACUUCCCCAUAGAGUUCACUUUAGCACCCUCAUCACUCAUGUCUUUCCAGUUUCAAAUAUUCUUCUUAGUUGUAUAAAACUGUAGCAUACUGCCCAACUACUAAUUUAUCUUUCAAUGUUUUGUGGUGCUGGACAUCAACUUGCAUAUCGGAGAAACUUUCAGGGUUGCCAUCAGAUUCUAGCACCACUUCAUCUUCAUUUUGGGGUUGCUUUGGCCUGGGCUAAAGUAACCCCAUAUUUUGCAAAAAUGUGCACCAUUUUAAAGAAGUGCUAAAUAUGUUUACUAAUAGAAUUUCACAUAAAUGACCACUUCUCGUCUUAUUACCUAAUGCUAACAGCAUGCAAAAUUACUCAGCAUAUUUUUAGCAUACCUGAAGUUAACCUUCCAGGCAGAAGUUACUGGGGUGUAAUUGGUGUUAAAUAUUUUAUGAACAACAUUGUGUCCAGUACUGCCUACUCUGUAUCACUUCGUAGAACUCACAACCUUGUAGAUCAUUCUUCACAUGCUGUAAAUGUAUAUUACCUUGUUUGCUCCAUACUGAUGUAAUUUUAGUGGGGAAAUUAAAAAAAAAAAAUUGCCCAUAAAGGGCCAAAGUAACCCCAGCUUACGGUACCCUGUGUUCAGUGGUUGUUAGUCAACUUAUGUGAUUGCUAUUAAUGUACAUGUAAAUUUUUUAAUGAACAAGUUUGUGUAAGAGAUAGAACUUUGCGUGCAGCAUAGUUUUGCCUUUAGACAAUUUUGCAUUUGUUAUCAGUGUUCAAAUUGGUGGUGCAUUGAACAUGUGGGGUAUAGAAUGGGACUCUACUUAUCAGAGAAUGUAAUUACCGAAUGGGCAUAAUACAGAUGGACUAGGACAAUAUACGUGAUGCAUAGGUCCUGGAAUAUAACUAGGGAUAGUGUGGAUGGUUUUAUUUUGAGAAACCAGUGUAAUCCAUAAUGUUGAAGAAUAGGGCUACUGUGUUUAAGCCUGUAUUUUCAAGAGUGUACCUGGUGUCCUUCCUUCUCUCAUGCCAAAGAUACAAAGUUCAUUGUUGUUCACACUCCCGUGCUCCCACUCAUACUUUCACAGUGAAGUGUUGUAAUCCAGUGUACAGGCUGAAAGAUGCAGAUUUUUUUGCACAAGGGUACUACCCUCACUACUGGCCCGUUUAUAGAUUUGUGAAAUGAAUUUGUCCAUUCCUUCUAAUUUUAGUCUAACACAGAGGCUCUAUCACAUUGCCUUCUAUUUUUAACAUUCUAUGUUCUCUUGUGUAGCAUAAAGUGUUCCUCGAACACAGUUUACAGUCCAUGUAUAAGUUCAUAUCUCAACACUAUGUACUGAAACGCGUGACUAAGGUUGUGAAUAGGCUCUCCAUAAAACUCACAGCAUUGACCACUGUUGCAACUAUAGCUAUUUGUCAUACUUGUAAGACAACUGUUUCUCUGUGUUACAAACACAGGAAUUUUCUUCAGCAAGUAAACUUAUUAUGUUGCCAGUUGGUCAAUUAUCUUUAUUUGCUUCAGAUCUUAGGUCAGCUCCUGUUUGUGGCAUUAAAAUAUGUCUUUAUUGCUCAUCCGGAUAGCCUUCUUUUGCUAUUUUACUAUCUUUAUCACAAUGUUUGCUUCAUAUUCUCAGUGUUACCCUCCUUUAACUUCUGUCAGCUGAUGUUCUCAUGCAGUUAACCACAUCUGUGUAUUUUCCUUAAAUGAUACCCAUGCGUUAUUCCUACCCUGUCAAUACAUUUUGGGCAUAUUUUAAAAGGUGGGUGCAUUGUUGUGUUCCAUACUACAAAAUUGUGUUAAGACAAAUCCUUUCAGUCUCUUGACACUUGAAAAAGGACUAAGAGCAAAAGUGAAAGUUCGUCACAGUUUUUAGUGGGUGCUGUUUAUCCCUUGCAAUUUCAUAUUUGUAAGGUGAAUAAUGGUGUUUCUUCAGCAGUUUUUGUUAUCCAAUUUUCAGUUUACCAUUUUCCUUCUGUUACUUUCUUCAUUACACCAGUGGCCUUGCCACAGUGGUAGCACUGGUUCCCAUCAGAUCACCGAAGUUAUGUGCUGUUGGGCUCGACAAGCAGUUGGAUGGGUGACCAUCCGAGUCUGCCAAGCGCUGUUGACAAGUGGGGUGCACUCAGCCCUUGUGAGGCCAAUUGAGGAGCUACUUCAUUGAGGAGUAGUGGCUCUGGUCAUAAAAACUGACAAUGGCUGAGAGACUGGUGUGCUGACCACAUGCCCCUCUGUAUCAACAUCCAGUGAUGCCUAUCGGCAGAGGAUGACACAGUGGUUGGUUGGUGCAGUUGGGCCUUAAGAGGUCUGUUCAGAUGGAGUUUUUGUUCAUUGUUUAAUUUUAGUUAAUUUUAUUUAAGUUAAUGGGAGAACUCAGUGUUACAUAAAUUGUAGGCUUAAGUACUUAAAUAUUUGUACUUUUUAUCAGUUUAUUUAGUUAGUUUUUGAAGUCCAAAGUAGUUCUGGCUGGAUUAGACUGUGCUUAAAGCUGCGCACAAGACAGUUAAUUUUUACUUUCAAAAUUAUGAAGCAGUUUGAGACAAUAGUGGUGGUGCAGAGAAACUGUGAAAACGGAGUAUUCUUUGUUUACAUCUGGAUAGUUUUUACUUGAGCAAUUUAUAAAAUGAGCAGCUUACUGUAGCAGUCAUAGAUGAAAGUUGUGAUCGUAUGUAGAUAAAUGGAAAGUAACCACUUUUCAUGCCAGAAUUGUAAUGUACUUACACAUUUUUGGAAACCAAGACAGUGCAGAUGUGACGUAGUUAAGCUGCAGAUCUCGUGCUAAGGUAAAUAGCAAGAGUAGAAUUUAAAGAACUUUGACAGGAAAUUAUUUCCAACUACUGGUGCACGUUAUUUCGUUUUAGAGAUUUUUGUUCACACCAUACGUCAUUCAAGUUAAUUUUAUCCUUUCCUCUCCAAUUCCAUUCUCCCAUCUGUAUCCUUUAGAUGUUUAGCUUUCUGUUGUCAUUAUGCUUCCUCCGUAUCUGUCUCUCUCCUCCAGAAGAAGAGUGGGAGAAAGAGCUAGAAGCAGAACUACAAGAUUAUGAAGUGGUUGCAGAUGGAGACAGUCAACAAGACUCAAACUGGGAGAAUCAAAUUGAGGAGAUGCUGGAUGCUGAGGAUACAACUGAUCUGAAA